AAACAGAGCUUUUUGUGUACCUUUUCUUUAAAUGAACUUUAGAUUUUUGCCCAAUCAAAUAAACUUGAACUGUCAAUUUAAUUUUGUCUGGUUUUUUUUUUUAUAUUUAAAAGGACUGUGAUAUGCUUUCAAGACCUUUAUUAGUUAUUGGUGGUGUUGCUCUUGAUAUCACUUCAACUGUUAGUCCAUCAGUCAAGUCGUCUGUUUUAUACACUUCAACGCCUGGGAAGAUAACGCAAACGCUAGGUGGAGUGGGACGUAAUAUAGCCGAAGCUGCCAUGAGAACAGGUGCAAGGGUUCGCCUAGUAUCUGUCGUAGGUGAUGACUUGGCUGGUAUAAACAUAUAUGAAGGAAUGAAAUUAUUGAAAAUGGAUACAAGACACAUUCAAACAUUAAAAGGAUAUAACACAGCUGUCUAUAAUGCAUUACAUUCAAAUACGGGUCAAUUGGUAGCUGCAGUGGCUGACAUGGAUAUAUUCGAACACAUGGAUGGCGUCAAGGUCGCAUCUAUCAUACAAAACGAACAACCUAAUCUCGUUUGUUUUGAUGGUAAUAUAUCAUCCAAACCUUACUCUUGCAUCUAUUUGAAAAAAGCAUUCUUUGAGCCCACUUCUGUACCAAAGUCAUUAAAACUAUUCAAUCAUCAUGAGACUCUUCAAGUACGAUCCAUAAGAUACAUUUCCCCAAAUCAAUUUGAACUAGACGCCAUGUCUCAAGAAAUCGAGUCGACUCCAGAACUAUACAAACAAAUCAAGUCCAACAAUUGUAUUCACAUUUAUGACGAUCUUUCUCCUUUAGCAACGAAAACAUUACCACAAGCAAUGUGCCUAUCUCACUUUAUUCCUAAUGUGAUUACAAAGCUUGGAGAAGAAGGGUGUCUCUAUGUAGGUGAAGCGGGCAUCAAAUAUUUUCCACCAGAAACCAUUUUGCCACAUGAAAUCAAGAGUGUCACUGGAGCUGGAGAUUGCUUCGUUGGUACAUUCAUAGCUAAUCUUCAAAAACACCCCAUCGACACUCAUCUGGAUCAUAUCGUCCAAAAAUCUCAACUAGCAGCCAUUCGUACCUUAAAAUCUGACAAGGCAGUCAGCGUAGACAUCAAUCAUGACUUGAUGUUAAACUAAUAAAAGUUUAUCCGCUCUCGGUCCUUGAAAAAAAAAUCCCUGCGUUAAAUCUGAUAUUCCCCCGCGUUCUUUUUUUCUUUCUUUUUUUUUUUU